CCUUCCUUGUCCAUUUGACUUAAUUAAAUGGUAUGUAUUGGGAACUGAGUGAGGCAUCGAGAAACAAUUCCUUUCCUUGCUGUCUACAAUAAAUUCUCCUAUCUAUUGGCCUUUCAUUUCUGGCUCUCUGAUAAUUUCAAUUACAUACUUUGUCUUAUCAGCCAAUAUUGGGACGAGAUUGUGUUUGCAGGUGAAUCGAUGAACCGAAGUUUGGCUCUUGCAGUUUUCACUUAGCAUUCGACGUGGUCAGUCGCUAAGGAAGAGACAGAAGAGUCCUCAAGUUCAGUGUUUAAGCUCACUUCUUUACGCUUUGGAGGAAUGUCGCUCAACUUUUAACUCUUCAACAUUUACUAUCAUUCCUUCCCAGUGGCAAAAUGAGUCGCCAGGAUAAAUUUGUGAUCAAUUCAGUGAAAUGUGUGCUUCUAAUAUGCCUGUGCUUCUCACAUAUGAACACCAUCGCAGGACAAAGAUGCACAAUAACCGACGUGGAGCAGGAUAACUUCAUCACUCUCCCAAUCAUACCAAUUGGACAACCGUCAACUUUGGCCACUUACAACAUGGAAUCAACAAUUGCCAUCACCAAUAUCACGAACAACGCAGAUUCGGGCAAGAUUUUCAUCAGCGCGGACUACAAUGCAGAAUUAGAAGCACUCACGCUCUUCACGACAGACGAAUUUCCAAAUUAUGCACAAUUCGAGGAGAGAACCACCAUCAUUAUGACCAUAUCCUUCUCCUGUGUCUCCCUCACGAGGGACAUCACCUUCUCCCAGGCGCUUGUUGUGUCCAAUGAUCACGACCCGGAAUUCUUGCAGACAGAAUAUGAGUUCACGAUUCCCCUGCCGCUUCCUGCCAACUUCGAUCUCUCAGUCUUCCAGGAAAUCGCUGCUCGUGACAUUGAUAUUGGAGAAAAUGGUGUAACUUUUAGUGCAGAUUCUGAAUAUGUAACAAUCGGAACAUCGGCAGUGUCGAGAGAGCCUAAAACUUACUACGCCACGAUGACCACAAAGACUCAGAUUCUGUCCAUUGUGCACAGCAUCGCCUUCGAGAUCACAGCCACUGAUAUUGGCGGAAGAAGCUCGUCAGUUAAUGUUUACAUUACGAGCGAUGGAGAGAACAAGUUCAUCAUGCGUCCGGUGUUCGAGAGUCCUUUCUACAGUGGUGUUCUCGAUGAAGACUUCGUCCUGCACAUGGACUCAUCGGUAAUUCUGGACACAGACACGUACGACGAAGAGGAAGUGACUUUCGCACUUCAGGGCGAAGACAGCAGAUUCUUCAGCUUCACCAAUUUCCAGAAUGUCAUCAACAUAGAACUCCAGGGGGAAAUUACAGAGGAAGACAUUGAAGAGAAGAACUUCCUGCAAUUCUUUGUCGUAGCUUCACGACCAGGAAUUGAGGAUGGAUCUGCAGCAGUGGUAAUUGAUUUGAUGAAGACUUGCCCAGAAAUCACGACACUCAGUCCACCCACAACUCCAGAACCGCCGACUUGUCCCACAGUAACGUGUCCUGAAAUCCCAACGGAUGGAACAACAGACGAACCAAGUGUUACAAGCCCACUUCCUGAGCCAGAACUCUGUCCAGACCCCGAAGGACCUGUUUUCCAGGACGAUUUCUACACUUACAGAGUCUUCUAUGGCCAGUUGGGCAGCAUUGGAACAGUUAGAGCCACACAUCCUGACGAAUCACCCGUGGAAACCAUUGAAUACUCCCUCAACUUCAAAGAUGAAUCCCUGCAAGAUAAGAUUGCAGUCGAUGCGGCUUCCGGACAAAUCUCUCUGCUGGACCAACUUCUGCCUGAAGCGUAUGGUUUUGAGGUGUUCGCCUCGAUAAUCGUGGAUGGCGAACGGAAAGUGGGCAGAGCUCUUGUCACUGUUAUUGUAGAAUCCAACGAACAGUGUUCACCAACUCCAGUCGAGAUGAGUUUGAUGGUGAGACGGCUCAAGGAGAACGCCGAGCAUGAAAUCAUGAGCACGACAAUUGCAGAUUGCCAAUUCGAAAUAUUGGGCUUCCAACCAAACGAUCAAGAAUAUUUCUUUAUUGAGGAUCAGCUGCUGAAAUCGAUCGCAUUCGACAGAGAAGCUGACAUAUUCACCGGCAUGAUGAUUCCGCAGUUUCAGAUAAGUCUCAAGCUGGAAUGCCCAGAGACUCGCCGGAAGCGCUCCAUCGCUCGUUGGAGCUUCAAUCCGCAACCCAGAGACCUCGAUGGGCCGAAGGAGUACGUGUACACGAACGACAUCCCUCACGCAUCCACAGUGACUGUGGUGAAUGUGAUUGUUGAGGAUGAGAACGACAACAAGCCUGAGAUUAUCUUCCCAACGCCCGCCGAUGGUCUGACAUUCGGCUACCCUGAACCCAAUCUGGCAGACAAACUGCUCCUCAGCCAUGUGCUGCAAGUGAAAGCCAUCGAUCGCGAUGAGGGAGAAAAUGCCAUCGUCAAAUUCGCCAUGUUCGAGACCAACAAUCACUUCACGAUAGACAGCGAAAGUGGAAUUAUUUAUCCCAAGAGAAAUGCUUUGGCUUCAUCAACUCUGGCUAAUCUGAGAGUCAUCGCCACGGAUCGGGAAGAAGAUGAGGGAACUCUUCAGGGUGCCAAUGUUAACAUUGCUAUUCACAGAUUGUCUUCUGAGAAUAUUGCCGUGGUUACGGUUGAAGAUGUGUCCUUGCCCGAUGCCGAAACAGUCAGACAGAGCAUUCUUAGUGCCGAUGAUGCGAGAAUCCUGAUUCUUCACUCCACCACUAUUCCAGGAGCUCAAGAUUCUGCACUGAGACAAUCUGCAGACACUGUGGUGAUGAAAUUCCUCAUUUACGGCUUCUCCAGUGAAAACGACAGACUUCUCACCACUCCGCAAAUAGAACAGAGAAUGAGUGACGUUACUGAGAAGUUCCAUGCGAGAACCUCGCCACUGGACGAAGUCAUAAGUGUCCUUGUCGAAGACAAGGAUCUUACGGGCUUCAUUGUGGGUCUCUCGAUCAUGGGAGCGGCAAUUCUUGCCCUCAUCAUCUGCGCUUUCUGGGGCUGGUGGAAGUACAUCAGGCCAUACGAGUACAAGACCAUGGAGAAUGAAAGCGUGAUGUCUGACGAUAAUGGCUUAACGCCUGACUUCGAUAAGAAGGCCGUCAUCGACGGAGAUAUUCCUGAGCCAAUAAGAUUAUCCGAAACUUACAACGAUCCCGAAAGGCAGUCGCCGCAAAUGUAUAACCUGGAAUCGAAUGGCAUCCAGACAACUGAGCCGAAGCCCGAGAGUCCACCAAAAGAGCGGAGAAAAUCUAUCGUGACGUUCAAUGAAGACGUGGAGAGAAUUGAAAUAGUCACGGAAGUUCCUGCAGACACUCAGUCAGAUUCCGAGAAGGAGGUUAAUUAUAAAUUCUAAAGAUUACAAGCAAUAUGCUAUUUAGGGUGCAUAAUAUAUUUUCUAACUUAUGAAGCUACUUUGCGUCUAAUUCGCCUGCUUCAGCUGAGACGUGAU